UAAACCUUUCCUUCUUUUUCAUAAGAUGCAACAUGCUGUUCACCGACAUUUUUGUUGACUUCUGAUGGUUGGCAUUCUAGUGGUUGUCAAAAGCAUUCGUGUCAGCCACAAACCCGUCUGUAGUCAACCUUUUCAGUACCACGGUUCCUCGCCUUGAGACGAUUAUGUAUAAAUAAACUAUAAGCCACAAGCAUUUCAUCUCCAUUCAGACAAAUUUAAUCCGAAAAGCUGCUUCGACAUUAUGUUCCUGCACUGUCUUUGCUUUCCCUUCCAUCUUUGCAGAGAAACAAGCUCGCUAGCUGCUGGAGAUGGAGCCAACAGAGAGGUCCAAGAAGAUGGUGCAUCCAUGGAUCAAUGCCAGCGUGCACUUCUUGCUCUGCUUCGCAGUUGGCGCCCUCCUCGCAGUCGCGCCGCUUGCCGCCACCGGAGCCUCGUCGGCCUCCAGCAUCCGCUCCGCGUUUCUCGGUCCGUUUGGCGAUGUUCACCGAGCCGUGGCCGCGCCGCCGCCCGCAGCCCAAGACCUCGGCCUCCUCCUGAUCGUCACGGUCACGCGGCCCGACGAUGGCAUGGCGCAGGACGCGUCGGUGGCGAGGCUCGCGCACACGCUGCGGCACGUGGCGCCGCCGCUGCUGUGGAUCGUGGUCGGGGCCAAGAACAGGACCGCGACGGCGAGGACGGUCCAGCUGCUGCGUGGCACCGGACUCAUGUUCCGGCACCUCACCUAUGAUGCCACGAACUUCUCCGGUGACGGUGCCGGCGAUGAGGUGGACCACCAGAGGAACGUGGCGCUCAGCCACAUCGACCGCCAUCGGCUGAACGGGGUCGUCCAUUUCGCCGGCGCUUCCAGCGUCUAUGACCUCCGCUUCUUUCAAACGCUCAGGCAAACUCGAGAUUUUUCAGCAUGGCCAGUAGCAACUAUCUCCAACUCCAUGGGUGCAAGCAAGAACUCCAGCUAUGACCAUCCCACAAUAAACACCUCUGGAAUUGGGUUCAGAAGCUCGCUGCUUUGGAAUUCAGAUAGAUCACUCAUCAGGAGGAACUCAUCAGGAGCAACACGGGACUUCAUGCACAUUGUACAAGAAAUAGUGACCCUUGAUGAAAACAAGCUUAAGGGCAUCCCCUCUGAAUGCUUCGAGUCCCAGAUAAUGCUGUGGCACAUGGAUAUGCCAACAUUUACUCUAAAAACUGCUGAAGAAAAAAAGAUUCAACAGCAGCAGAAUCUAACGAAGAGCAAUGAAGAUCCCACGACAUGAGACUUAGUUGUGAAGAAACAUGUUGUGAUGUAACCUUCAUCAUGUAUAUCUUUAUAGAAGCAGGCACAGCUGAGAGUAUUAAUAAAUAAUAAGCACUGGAUAACUA